AUGUCCGGACUUGACACGUACAAGACGCCCCUCGAUGGCAGAUAUGCCAGCGAGGAGGCCAAGAAGCUGUUCUCCCAGCGCAACCGUCACUCCACCUGGAGACAGCUUUGGCUGUGGUUGGCCGAGAGCGAGAAGGAGCUUGGCAUCGACGGAAUCUCUGAGGAGGCUUUGGAGCAAAUGAGAGCUCACCUGACAUUGACCGAUGAGGACUUCAAAGUGGCUGCCGUUGAGGAGAAGAGACGUCGUCAUGACGUGAUGGCUCACGUUCACGCUUUCGGCCAAGUUGCGCCUGCCGCCGCUGGCAUUAUUCACCUCGGGGCGACGAGCUGCUUCGUCACUGACAACGCAGAGCUCAUCCUGAUGAGAAAUGCUAUGGACCUUCUCUUGCCCAAGCUGGCCAAGGUCAUUCACAACCUCUCUCAGUUCGCUCUUCAGCACAAGGAGCUCGCAACUCUGGGAUUCACCCACUACCAGGCCGCACAACUCAUUACCGUGGGACGCCGCGCCGCACAAUGGAUCCAGGACUUGUGCAUGGACUUGAAGAACAUCGAGACCGCGCGCGAGCGUCUGGCCUUCCGUGGUGCGAUGGGCACCACCGGAACCCAAGCUUCCUUCAUGGAGAUCUUCCAGGGUGACGGUGCCAAGAUCGACAAGCUCAACGACCUUCUCUGUGAGAAGGCUGGCUUCUCUAAGACUUACGACAUCUCAACCCAGACAUACACCCGCAAGACCGAUCUCGACGUCAGCAACGCUAUUUGCGGCCUGGGCGCGACUGCCAUGCACAUCACCAAUGACAUCCGUCACCUCGCCCACUCCAAGGAGAUGGAAGAGCCUUUUGAGAAGGACCAAAUCGGUUCUUCGGCAAUGGCGUACAAGAGAUGGCACACGUCUUCACACUGGAUGCUCGCACAGGCGGCCUUAACCAGCGACCAAGACACAUUUCAACGAGCUGACACCACUACUAGAAACCCCAUGCGCAGCGAGCGCAUCUGCUCUCUCGGACGCAAGCUGCGCUCUUUGCCGGCCAACUUCGCGGAUACGUACGCGGACCAGUGGUUUGAGCGCACGCUCGACGACUCUGCUAUUCGGAGAAUAGAUAUCCCCGAGAUGUUCCUCUUGGCCGAUGCCAUCCUUCUCGGACUCGACAACGUCACGUCCGGCCUGGUCAUCUACCCUGAGGUCAUCCGCGCCCACGUGAUGGAAGAGCUCCCCUUCAUGGCAACCGAGAACAUCAUCAUGAAGAUCGUCGCCAAGGGCGGCUCGCGCCAGGAGGCCCACGAGGAGAUCCGCGUUCUGUCCCACCAGGCCGCCGAUGUCGUCAAGAAGCAGGGCGGCAAGAACGACCUCAUCGAGCGCAUCAAGGCCACCGAGUACUUCAAGCCCGUCUGGGACUCCAUCGACCAGCUCCUGGACCCCAACCUGUUCACCGGUCGUUCCGCGACCAUGGUCCAGCGCUACUGCGGCGAGGGCGGUCCUGUCCAGGAGCAGAUCAAGCCCUACGCCGAGUACAUCAAGAACACUGGCGCUGCCGAGCUCAACGUCUAA